AUGGAAAAAUGUUUUUCCUUGCACAUCAGUGUUAGAGGAAAAAGUUUUUUCAGAUUUCUUCGAGAUCAAGAUUUUAAAAAUAUUACUAAAAAUAUAAUUGAGAAAACGAGUUUAUUAAAUAAUGAGAAUAAUAAAGAAGAAUUUAGGAAAAAAUGCCUAGAUUUGGCUAAUUAUGUAAUUCAUAAUAAGAUAGCACCCUCAUAUCAUAAUCAAGUAAUUUGGGAAAGAGCAAUAAAGGGUUGGGUAGAAUCUCACUAUGAAAAGCUGAAUAAAUAUGGAGGAUGCCCUUUGAUUUUAGAGGAAAAAGAUAAAAACUUUUUAAAAAUGAAAUAUGAAGAAGUAGAUUUCUGUGAAAAGAAAAAUGAAUACCUAAAAGAAAUAAAACGUUUAAGUAAAAAAUCAAAGGAUUCUUAUCGUUAUUCAAACAAAUGUAAUGAAUAUAAUGAAUGGAUUGGACAGAUGAAAAAACAUUUUGAAGCAAAGAAAAGCCUUUUUGGAACAUGCUACGGAACAAAAAACAAAAAAAAACAAAACAAAGAAAGUUCAGAAUUUACAUGCGACUUAAUGAAUGAUCAAACAUUCGAACAACCUACUUACUGUCCCCCAGUAGAUAAAUUACAACCUCGUGAAGGUGAAUCUGAAAAUGUACAAAUAGUUUCACAAACAAAAGAUAAAGAAAAAAAGGGGGAAUCACCUGUAUUACAUGAUUCACCCGAACAAGCUGAACCUACAGAGGGAGCUGCCACUAAUCAAAUGAAUCAUGAUACAAAACAUAAUCAACAUGAAGAGAAAAAUAAAGAAGAACUGGAACCUCCAUCUGCACCUGAAGCACAAACGCAAGCUCAUUUAUCAUCACUUGAAUCUCCUUCUAAUGAAGUUGAAGCUAAUUCUGAAAAUUCUUUACAGUCUCCGACACAAGCAGUUUUCUCAAAUUCCCAACCAUUCACAGAAGUAUCAGGUGAAUUUGUAUCUCUUGCUUCAGUUCCACUAGAUACAAAUCCAGAAAAUCCUUCCAAAAGUACUCUAUCUUCUACAAUAUCAAAAUCCCCUCCAAGUUCUUUAGCUUCAACUAUACCUUCUGUAACUUCAGGACAGUUAAAAAAAAAAAGAAGGAUAAAAAGAAGACAACCAACAUUUCUUAAAAUACUAAUACCUUCACAUUCGGACAGAAUAAAAGAAUUUUUAAAUCAUAAUCAUUUGGAACACCCAUGUUAUGAUGAUGAAGAAAUUACUAAAAAAAUAAAAAUACGUGAACAUAAGAUGAUAAAAAAUUUACGUGAGUCGAAGCAAAAAAAGGAAAGGUCUAAAACUAUUAUAGAAGUACAUAUGGAAGUACUUCAAGAAUGGAAAAAUGAAGAAUGGAAUUACAAAAAAAGAGAAUUUUUAGAAAUAUGCUUAGAAGUGUUCACAAAAGAGUUAUAUGGACUUUAUCCUAAUUUAACAAAUGAUGAACUAAUAAUGGAAAAUAUUAAAAGUAGCAAUGAUAUUGAAAAACAAAAAAAUUUAUGGAAUAAAUGGAUAGAAAGACAUAGAAAUAUUUCUGAAAAAUUGAAUAAAGUGGACUGGUAUAAUAAUUUGAAAAAUGAAUGGAAAAAAGAAAAAUUUUACAUAAAAGAAAUGGAAGAAUUAAAAAAUAUAUCAUCGAAUAAAAAUCAAUAUAAUCUAUUUUUGGAAAAAGAGAAAAAUUUGUGGAAAAAGUGGAUAUCAAAAAAGGCGGAGAUUAUAGAACAACAUUUUGAACAAGAUUGUUUUAAAGGAUUAACUGAGGAAUACCAGAAUUUGCUAAAUGAAUAUAAAAAUGAUGAAUACGAAAAUGAUGUGUCAAUAAUAAAUAUAGAAGAAUUGGAACAUAAAGAAAAUUAUGAAGAAUUAUAUAAAUAUAUAAAAACAAAAUUACUAUCAAAACUUUGUAUAUUAGUACUUAUGACAAUAUUAGAAGAAUGCAAAAAAGAAGAGUAUAUAGAAGAUAGAGAAUUACAUUUAGAUAGUUCCAUAAAUGAAAGGAAAACUAAAAAAAAUUCAGUAAAAAAAAAGAAAUUACAGAUAUAUUUAUUCAAAAGCAUAUUAAUGUUUAUGAAAAUGGUAAAAAUAAGGAUAUUCAUAAUAAUAUAG